AACACAAUACAUACACAUGCUACUGGUGAUAAGCGAAUGGAUUUGUUAUGGAUUCCGACAAGAUCAAACCAAGUUCUGAUGUAAUUUUGGAAUGUAAAUUGUUGUUACAGAGAGGAAAGCAAUGAUGUUGAGCGUGUGUAGUACAUAUAGUGAGACCUUACACGGUGGAAAGAAAACGUAUCAACAAAGCAAAACGAAAACAAGUGUAUUUGUCCACCCCACGCCACCCCCACAACAGAAAGGCCUGAAUUGUUAAUGAAAGCAAAUAUUAUUACGGUAAACGAUGACGAACCCUCCCCCCUUUAAAAAAGGAAAGGUGUUUCGAGUUUUACAAUCAUAUCCUCUGGUAAACAUUCACAUAAAUACACACACCACACACAUUGUGUAGGAGAGAAAAGCUACAAUAUAUACAGGUCGCCACAUACUACUGCCAGACCAUAAUAAUGAUGAUGAUGAGGAUAGUGAUGCCCAUUCCUAAUCUUAACUCUCCUCUAAGUCAUGUGCGCUUUGUUUUUUGGUUAUGAAAAAGCCACAAAUUAUAAUGUUGCAUGAUGAUGGAUACACGGUGGAAAGUGGAAGUGGAAGUGACCAGGACGUACAAGCGUAGCGAAAGCAUUGAAUUUAUUUCCGUAGAGAAAAGAAAAAAAGAAAAGAAAACAAGCAAAUUGCUCUGGGAAACAAUGUUGAAAUAUUGAUACAAAAUAAAUUUGAAACAGAACAUGUGCAAAAAGAAUAUUUGUUUUCUUUUUACAUCCUUUUGUUUUGUUUAAAUAUUCCCCGUUGCUAGAGCACAUGGUCAGCACGUAACGGUCAAUUCAAACGAUUUGCGCCUUUUUUCUGUUCUGGGAACAUCGAUCAAAUGUCACUUUGAUUUGUUUUGCUUGCAUUUAUUCCUGUGAAGCCGGCAUUGGAGAAGCAAGCAGAAGAAAGCCGAAAGAGUUUUACGAUGGAUUUUUAUCAUCUUCUACCGAAAAUUGAGCUGCAUGCCCAUCUGAACGGAUCGCUCAGUAACAGCACCUUGGCUGAGCUGCGCGAGCUGAAGUAUGGAAAGGAAGUUCCCAGCGGUACUGACGAUUGUUUUUACAAGAUUUUAAACGGAGAAUCUCUUACCCUGGAAGAAUGCUUUAAAAAGUUUCAAUACGCGCACGAUUUGACCGAUCGCCGGGAAGCGCUGGCACGAGCGACCGAGCGAGUAAUAGAAGAGUUUGCCAAAGACAGCGUAAUCUACCUGGAACUGCGCACAACGCCCAAAUGCACUGCGCAAAUGACGAAACGCGAGUACCUCACUACGGUACUGGACGUGAUAAGAAAAUCGUCCGAAAAUCAACGAGGAAUCCUGGUUAAACUGUUACCCUCGAUCGAUCGCUCGAAGGGUGUCCAGGAGGCGAUGGAAAACGUCAAUCUUGCCAUCGAACUAAGUUCCUCCUUCCCCGGCCUAAUGGUUGCGUUUGACCUGAGUGGCAAUCCGUUCGGGACCACAUUUUCCGACUUUGUACCGGCGCUGCAGCGGGCACGCGAGCAUGGCUUCCGUUUGGCACUGCACUGUGGGGAGUUUGAGGAUGAGCAGGAGGUGAAGGAAAUGUUUGCGCUCGGCGUGGACCGCAUUGGGCACGGGACGUUCAUAGAAGGAGAGAAUCUCGCUUUUGCACAGGAACAUAAAAUUCCCUUCGAGUGCUGUCUGACCAGCAAUGUAAAGUGCAAAACUGUACCGUCCUACGAGGAUCAUCAUGUUGCGAAAUUGCUGAAACUGAAGCAUCCCGUGUGUGUUUGUACGGACGACUUCGGUGUCUUUGAAACGAGCCUGUCGCAAGAGCUUAAAAUUUGCGCUUCCACCUUCAGUCUAACGAAGGCCGACAUGGUAGAGAUGCAGCGCAAUGCAAUUGAGUAUUCGUUUGCUAGCGAGCAGGAGAAAAAAGAGUUGCGCGCCAAAAUUGAGCAAUUCUCAGAGACGCUGUCGAAGGAGCUGUAAAAAUUGCAACUCAACAGGACAAAGAAAGGAGACACAAUUUCAAGGUAAACAUUGCAAGGAUAACUUCCCAACAGAA